CAUCCAUAUGCUAGACAAACAUCAUCCGUCGUCUGGGGCCGGACAAGAAUGUUGAGAUGGUCUUGAGUUGAGAAGGCUUCCUUGAUUUCUUGAUUAAAGGAUGAAUAAUGCGAAGAAAUCAUGGAUAAACUUGUGAUUGUCUCAGGUGCUUUGUUCUUCUUAGCUGAUGUUUUUGCGGUGGCAAGUCUCGCAAAUCCAGCAUGGGUCAUUUCUGAUGAUGCGAGUAAUUUCAAGAUAGGCCUGACGUCCCAGUGCCUGACUAUUUUUGGACGAGAUCCUGUAUGUCUGGCACCCAGCCUCUCGCCAGAGUGGGAAGCAACACUAGUCUUCAUUGUGCUUGGUAUUCUGUGUCUAACAGUCACCUGUAGUCUGUUGGCCUUAUCUCUGAAGAAGACAUCGGCCUUAAAGUAUGCAAGAUGGGCAGCAUUUACUGCAAUGAUUCUCUUCUGCACAGCAGCACUUAUCUUCCCAGUGGGUUUCUAUGUGGAUGAGAUCGGUGGUGAGCCGUACAAGCUACCCAAUACAGUCAAAGUAGGUUCCUCAUACGUCAUGUUCAUCCUGGCCAUCUUCCUCACCAUCAUCUCAGAGUUGUUUGCUGGUAAAAUAUGUCUACCACGACUUUGACAUCCAGGUGUGGGUGUUCAUCAGGAGUACGUUAUGGUAAAUGCUGUGGAGAUAAUUUAACAUAAGGUUCCUGCACUAUUUUUUUUACUUUAUGAGAGAUCCCCUUACAUCACAAAGCCAUGGACAGCCACUUCAAGGCGAGGACUAAACUGAAUUGUUUUGGGCCGUCACCUGCAGGGCCACAAUGUCACCUAUUCCCGGGGCACCUACCUAUCCCCUCCACAGUCCGUAAGGAUGAAGGCAUGGUAAUCACCCACUAGGAGACUGGCUUGUAGAGCAGAAUGCUCCUUUCCAACUUUUACCAAGCAGUUAUGGUCAAGUGCUUUGCACAUGGGGACAAGUGUCAUGACCGGGAUUGGAACCCACUCUCUGCCGCUGACAACACCAGAGCUUGGGUCGAGUGAUCUUGACCAAUGCAUGCCAUACGCCAAUGGGAAAACAUCUGUGGCUUGUUGGUAUGACCAUAGAAGGAUCAAGGAUGCAAUCAUGAGUUUUGUUUAAAAAUACUUUGAACACCCAAAGUUUUUAUGUUUGCUUUGAGAACCAGCAGCUGUGAUCAUCUCUAUCAGCAUUAGUUCUAAAUUGGAACAGGCAUGAUAUUAUUCCUACUUGAGUCUGACUUGCGAUCUUUUUGCCGUUAACAAAUCUGAAAAACGUGGCCUCGGCAGUGUUCGGUGUUUUCUGAAUAAAGUUUUCCUACUGUUUUCUGGGCACCAAAUGUCAUGCCUGUUGGAAAGAAUUUAAAAAAAAAUCAUUUUAACAUUCCUGGUUUAAGUGUUUAUAUUUAGUGUUAAAAUUUGAUUUCAAGAUACAUUAUAACACGGUAAGACACCAAUGUUACAUUAUUUCAUUGCUUCAAGCCGUUUGCUUUUCUGGAGACAGUGAUGUGUUUAUUUUGGGUAACUUCAGUGAAAAAUGAAAUCAGGUUUUAAUAAUUAUUAUUUGUACAAUUGGUUGUACAUUGUAUUUUACAAUAAGCAGUUUUUGUUUUGUACAGUAGAAAGAACUGUUCUAUAGUACUGCAUAGAGUUUUAUUUUGAUCUAUAUUUUUAUAUUUAAAUGUUUUACUCAAUUGAAUGUCCACCUCCAAAAAAGGUUUGUUUAUUUUCCGAAUCCGUCCCCACACAAACAAAACUGCAGUCACAGUGCGGUUCUUCAACACUGUACAUAACACUGUGUAGACGUGUGUAACUUCACAUUUAGUUUCAAGUCCCUACAUUAACUUGAAGUGAACUUCUUUUGUUCCGAGUUUCAUACUUCAAAUGUAGCGUUUAAAUACACCACUGAUUAAAGGAACACGUUGCCUUGGAUAAGACAAGUUUGUCUUUGAAAGAUGUUUUAAAAGUAGAAUUUCAUGUUUCACACAAGUAUAACUCGGAAUUGCACGGUUUUCCUUUUACGUCUCAAAUUAACACGGUACAUUUUGUGGAGUCAAAGGAAUUUGUGACAUCAAAAUUCUUACAACCAUUUCUGUUGCGGCCUUUUGAGGUUGCCUUUCUGUGUGAAUGUUUUGACUUCGUGUAAGAAGUUUCAGUUAGUCUCAGUGGUAUUCAUCUAUAGUGUUCAUUGAUUUGUCGUUAUGUAUAGAAAAUGUGUGUGCUAAAUUCCUUGUUGGUUAACAUUAUGAUCUAUAAUUUUAUAUGCGUAACUUUUGUCAUUUUAUGUACACAGAGGUAGAAAUAAAUGAGCCUGGGGCUGAUUUCACAAAGAGUAAAGACUCGUUUUUUACAGAGCAUCGAUCUCAAUAAUCCACUUCGGAAUGUCAGUGGCGCAUGUCUGUUACUGCUGGCAACGGAUUUUGUCUAUCUCCUCUAACCUUUUGACAA